AUGUCUUCUAUUCUACGGCUAUCCAUUUUAGCUAUCGUUUACCUACAGCUUGCGAAAGCUGCUCCCAAAUCCAGCAACAAGCAACAUAGCUGCCAAGAGUUUUCAAAAAACGUGACCUUCGAAGACAAUGAGGCUUUAGGUAUCUGGUACUUACUUCACGUGAGAAACGAAAAACUAAAUAGCUUCGGCGAGUCACAUUGCGUUGAAUUUACAAAUAUCGCUCAAGAGGAAAGAAAAAAAUCUAGAAGAACGCAUUGGAAAAUACAUAGAGAACCUCAAGUGGGAUAA